AUGGCACCCCGUGUGGCCCUACUACUGGUCUUCAGCCUGCUGGUUCUCGGGACCUUCCCAGCCCCAGCUCUUGGGGGUGCUAACGAUGCAGAAGAUUGUUGCCUGUCUGUGACCCAGCGCCCCAUCCCUGGGAACAUCGUGAAAGCCUUUCGCUACCUUCUUAUCAAGGAUGGCUGCAGGGUGCCUGCUGUUGUGUUCACCACACUAAGGGGCUACCAGCUCUGCGCACCCCCAGACCAGCCUUGGGUGGAACGUAUCAUCCGAAGCCUGAAGAAGUCCUCUGCCAAGGCAAGUCUGACCCUCCUCACCCCUGCUUCCAUCCUCCAAACUCCUGUCCAAGAUUCCAGCCCAUGA